UAGGUUGCGACUAUGAGUGUGCGACCUUCAUCCACCUUGAGUAACGCUGCCGUCGCUCCCUUCGUCCACGCCGCCGUCACCCGCAUCGUCGCCUACGCCUGCAACGUUGCUGUCGUGGCCUGCCCGUCACUGUCAAUCUUUUGAGUGGAAACAAAGCAAAAUAUUGGGCCUCUGGUUUGAGGAGUCGAGGAAAGAGCAGAAUGGGAAUUCGGUCGGUGUUCGAUGCGGGUGAGAUGCGAAGAGAAUUGGAGAAAUGCGGUGUUGAUCCUGACAAGUUCCUUCCUCUUGUUUGGAAGCACGUCAUCCUCAAAUCUAAUCACCACUCCGAUUGGGACUGGCAGAACCACGCCCCUUCUCUCCCCUCCCCGGCUUACUCUCUUCUCCGCUCCAUCCCCCCUCUCUCUUCCUCCCUCCACUCCGUCUUCCACUCCAACGAUAACGUCACCUCCAAGCUCCUCAUCAAGCUCCAUAAUGGCGCUUUUGUAGAGGCUGUGAUCAUGAGGUAUGACACUCGUUUGGGCAAAUACGCCGGUAAACCCCGUCCCGGUGGUCUACGAGCAACUUUGUGCAUAUCAUCUCAGGUUGGUUGUAAAAUGGGUUGCAAGUUCUGUGCAACUGGAACCAUGGGAUUCAAAAGUAGCUUAACAUCUGGAGAAAUAGUCGAGCAAUUGGUCCACGCCUCUAGGUUUUCACAAAUCCGUAAUGUUGUCUUCAUGGGAAUGGGAGAGCCUCUAAACAACUAUUCUGCUGUGGUAGAAUCCAUUCGUGUCAUGACUGGAUUGCCGUUUCAAUUGUCAUUGAAAAGGAUUACUGUCUCAACGGUUGGCAUCAUUCAUGCUAUCAACAAACUUCAUAAUGAUCUGCCUGGUUUGAACUUGGCAGUCUCACUGCACGCACCAGCACAAGACAUCAGAUGCCAGAUCAUGCCUGCUGCUCGUGCUUUUCCUUUGCAAAAGCUGAUGGCUUCACUGCAAGAAUAUCAAAGAAACAGUCAGCAGAAGAUAUUGAUCGAGUACAUAAUGCUUGAUGGGGUCAAUGAUGAAGAGCAGCAUGCCCACCAAUUGGGAAAACUGCUAGAAACAUUUCAAGUGGUGGUGAACUUAAUACCUUUCAACUCUAUUGGUAUGUUGAGUCAAUUCAAACCAACUACUGAGCAGAAAGUUUCAGCAUUUCAGAAAAUUCUUAGAGGUACGUACAAUAUCCGAACAACAAUUCGGAAGCAGAUGGGUCAGGACAUAAGUGGUGCAUGUGGACAAUUGGUGGUUAAUGUACCCGAUAAGUCUCUCGGAAAUGCCGAACCACUAACAGACAUAGAAGAUCUUUUCAUUUGAUAUAGCUUAAAAAAUUUAAUUCUAGUGCUGCAUUUUAAAUGUCUAUUUGUUUAUGUAUCGUUUCCAAUUUUAAGUAGAAGCAAGACGCAUGAGUGAAACAACGAAGAUGCUUGUAGAUGUGGUGAAUGAAUGUCAUAGAAGCAAGGCUCCCCCGAUUUUUGUAGAUUAA